AUGGCCCGUCGAAGGGUCGCCCCGGAAAACCGCGUUCGAGCUGCACAGGCCUGUGAGAACUGCAAGAAGCGCAAACAGAAAUGCAAUGGUACAUUUCCUUGCGCGAACUGUAGCAAGCGGCAGGUUCAAUGUUUCUUUGCCGGCUCCGUGCCUGCAACUGGAUCUUUUCCGGCAGUAUCCAGCACUGCGAUAGAGCAGCGUAGCAAUGGCCAAAAACGCAAGUUCUCAGACUUGGUUGCGAACAUGGAUGCGACGAAUCGAUCAGAAGAACCCACAAGGACAGCUGAUGAUCAACCAUAUCAGGGCUCUGCUUUUCCUGCCAACGUGAAUGAUGCGGCUUAUCAUACGACAGACCGAACGGUCAGUGUAUCGCAUCACGAGCAACAACAUCGAAAUCGAGAUUCUUUGCUUGUCAGAAACAUACCCACAACAUCCUCAGAUCAAGUCGAGCAAGCUGCACAUGAUGAGAUAUCAGACGAGACUGACGAGGCUGAGCUACAGGGGAUGUCGCGGAUGCUAGACGAUGGCAAGGGAAGAAUGCUCUAUAUUGGAGAUUCUGCCCCAUUAUCAUAUCUACAAACCAUUCGUCAACUUGUUGGUAGUGUAAUAGGGACCUCGAUGUUCACAGUCGAUCCGCGCCGACAUAAUAUCCUUGAGGCUUCAAUGCAGGCUCAAUCCACUGGCUUCCAGUAUGCCUUUACGCUCCCGGACCGUGAAGCUGCGUUGUAUCUGGUAGAUUCGUUCUUCAUCAGCACAAAAGGGAUGGUCCAUUUAUUCAACGAGCAAGUCUUCAAACAACGCGUCGAACGUACAUUUCAAAACCCCCUUGCGGCUGAUCAGUCGUGGAUGUGCAUUCUAUACCUUGUUUUCGCUGUGGGCCUGCAACUGCGAUGUGUUACGCCUCGCCCAUCACCCAAGGAAGCUGCAAUACUCAAAAGAUUGCUUUCCCCCGAUGUCGAUCGCAGCGAGAUGUUUUUUCUUUGCGCAAGGCAUCUUAAAGACUCUGCGUCAGGAAUUGAGGAUGGAGAUUUUGCCUCGAUUCAAGCACUACUGCUUAUGACUUUGUACAUGUUAUCGGUGGGAAAACGUAACACAGCAUGGGCUUAUAUUGGCAUGGCUGUGCGACUUGCAUAUGCUUUAGGAUUACAUAGAGCCGAAACGCAACGCGCAUAUGAUGAGAGGGAGAGACAAUCUAUGUCUCUACCAAGAGUUCUCCUCUGGCGUAGCCUUUACGUGAUGGAUCGAUUCCUCGCGUCCUGCCUUGGUCGACCAACUGCAAUUCAAGACGAAGAGAUUUCGGAAGAGCUUGUCCCUCAUAGAGAAAGAUUCAGAGACCUGUCGCCAGGAUCCGUGGAGAACUUUGAAUUCGAAGCCCUCUUUGCUUCUGUACAAGCAGCUCAAAUAAAUGGUAGUAUCUUGCAUCAAAUUUACCGAUCACGCAAAGUGUCUUUGAAAAUUGCACGACAAAUCGCAGUUCAGAUCCACGAGUGGACACAGUCUCUCCCGGAGAUACUGCAAUGGCGUCCGACUCCCAUGCCUCAUGACGACACUGGGAAAGCCAUGGGUCAAUUACAUAUAUGGAUGACAUAUUUCAGUACAAUCAUUCUCCUCACUCGCCCGUUCUUACUACUUCACGUCAAGAAAGUCAUUGCUCAGGAACGACGGAGGCCCAAUCCUCCACAUGCUCAUAAAUCACCGGAUUCAUCAGAGGCGGUUGCAAGUUCGCCCGGAGAGAUUCGUGUAGCGGAGAACCCUGAACUCAAGAAAUAUUCUGCUGCUUGUGUUCGAUCAGCGACGCAUAUGAUUCGUGCCGUGCAGACGAUUCGGGUGAAAGGGUGCUUGCCGAGGAGGAAUCCUUUUAUAAUAAACUGGAUGUUCAUUGCAGCCCUUAUCGUCUUGACAAAUUCAUUUUUCAAUGUCUACGAAAACCCCGAGAAUGACUCAAUCGCUCAAAUGGCAAUAUACCUUCAUCAACAUUUCGCGGAAUUUGAUCUAUUAGCAGCUCGAUACUUACAUAUCCUAAAAUCCUUCCAGAAAACUAUUGCCGAUCGUCGGUCAAUGAAUGGGUUGCUGCAGACGAAUGGUAGGAACUAUACAUUAAAGGAUCCAAUCGAGGAUCUUUUCUCGGGAAAGGGACUUCCUUCCCAGCGCCGUGGUCACAGUAACAAUGAAACUACUAUGCUAUCUACGGAUCAGGCCUCAAAUUUGGCACCACCAACACAACCCCCCGUGUCAUGGGAGUGGCCUGCGACUACAACUUCUUUACCCCGGGUCACCAGUACUAGCACAACAGGUGGUAUAGAUCUAAACUCUGUACCCAACGGAAUCUCCGGUGACGGCAGCAAUGGAUUUGGUGACAAUGUCGAAGGACUUGUGUUUCCUGGCGCGGAGGAGCUUUUAGGCCCUGAUCCGGGUCCUGUGCUUGAGGAAGUUAUCCACUUUGAUAUGUUGUGGCCGCUCAACCAGGAUACGGGUUUGUAUUCGGGGAAUAUACCGAUGUAUGGGAUGGAUAGUUAUUUGUGA